AUGCACAGGAUACGCUUGCGUGAAAUUAAGUGCCAACCCGGAACCGCCUCCACCAUCCUAACGACCGCCACGUCCGGCGCCACACCCAGCGCCACCACCGCCCCGACCAACGGCAGCACCGCCGCCGGGCCCGGAACAACGCUGCAAGACGGCUACCUCUGGAUCCGGGCGGUCGAGGAGCCCAACUUCCACAAGUACCUGCAGUCGGCGCCGCUGUACUCGACCGGCACCGCGACCAUCGACCUCUACACGCAGGCGGGCCAGUUCACCAUCGACGCCGACGGCCAGUUGGCGCAGCUGGUCUCGGCGCCGGGCGAGGCCGAGAAGCUGCUGUACGCCCACGUCGCUGGCGCCGCCACGCGCGACGGCAGGACGCUGGCUGUUACUUUCGCUGAGACGAAGGGCACGUACGGCACCUUUGCGUGGCAGGGCGACGCGCUGACGUGGUCCGCGGCCAAUGUGACGAGGCCGAAUUUGAGCGCUUGGUACGUGUGCGAGGAUCAGGCGCUGUUUGUGAACCUUGGGAACUAUUUGUACCAGACGCCUGACGGUUGUGCGGAUGAGACGAUUCACUACUACAACGACAAGACCGCGAAUGAUUGA